AUGGUGCAGACCAUCCUUGGGUCCAUAUCAAUUCAGAGUCAAGACCAGAAUCCUCUGGAUGGGUAUGAUCCAGACAGUCUUGCCAAGAUUCGAGUGGCUUCCAACCUUCAAGCAUCAUAUGUCGACAUCCACGCCGUGGCUAAAGAUGGGCUGCCAUCGAAUGCAAGAGACCCAACUGCUCCCACGGCGUAA